AUGGAUGAAACUGAGGAAGAACAGCUGACUCAUUUUGAAAUUCAGUUUGGCAUUCAGGAAUCCUUACAAACAACCACAGCUCCUGCCCAUCAAACUAGUGGGUUUGUACCAACAAGUGAAGUAAACCGCAAAAUUGUGGCUGCUAUAAAACAAGGAGAGAUAACAGAACUCCAGAAAUACAUGCAAUAUAAGUAUGCCCUGGACGAAGCUGAUGAGAAAGGCUGGUUUCCUCUACAUGAAGCAGUAGUCCAACCAAUCCGGCAAAUUACAGAAAUUGUUCUUGACGCCAUAUAUAAACCACAGUGUGAGCAGAAGACUAAUGAUGGAGAAACACCACUUACACUUGCUGCAAAAUCUGGACUAGUUGAAAAUGUGAAGGCACUUCUAGAGAAGGGCGUUUGGCCGAACACCAAGAACAGCAGAGGAGAGUCACCACUUCUAAUUGCCAUUAGGAAUGGAAAUUAUGAUAUGGUGGUUACUCUGAUAAGUUACAAUUGCACCAUUAACCAACCAUGUGCCAGGCGUUGGUCUGCAAUUCAUGAAGCAGCAAAGCAGGGACGCAAUGACCUGAUCUCCGUACUCAUAAAGAAUGGUGCAAAUGUCAGUCUUAGGGAUGGCUUUGGAGUCACACCGCUGGGAGUAGCUGCUGAGUUUGGUCAUUGUGAAGCACUUGAACAGUUAAUUCACAAGGGCGGUGACAUUAAUUUAGAAGCGGAUGAUGGGUCUACAGUGCUGUCAGAUGCAGCUGAAGGAGGAAACCCAGAUUGUGUGGCUCUUCUCUUGGAGUAUGGAGCAAGCGGCAAUGUGCCAGAUAAAGAAGGAUAUCUCCCUAUACACAAAGCAGCUUACAGAGGACAUUACCUAGCAAUAAAGUACCUUAUUCCGGUGACAUCGCCACAUGCAAUUAAAAAAAGCGGUUUAAGUCCCAUUCAUUCAGCUACGGAUGGCCAGAGUGUGCAGUGUCUGGAGCUACUUAUUGAAAACGGCUUUGAUGUCAAUGAGCUUUUGGCUGAACACAUGUCUGAUAACUAUGGAGAUAAAAGGAAAACAUCAUUAUUUUUUGCAGUAUCCAACAAAGAUGUUUUGUGCUCUGAGAUGUUGUUGAAGGCUGGUGCACAUCCAAAUAUAGACCCUCUAAACUGCCUGUUAGUGGCUGUUCGCUCUGGAAACCAUGAAAUAGUGAGGUUGCUUUUAGCUCAUCAGGCUGAUGUCAACUGUUAUUUCACAACAGUGAAUGACACUCAUUUCCCUAGUGCAAUGCAGUACGCCCUUAAUGAUGAGAUCAUGCUACGAUUGUUGUUAAAUAACGGAUAUCAGGUUGAGAAGUGCUUUGAUUGUAUGCAUGGGGACAUUUAUGGUGGCUCAUAUAUAUGGUCAAUCUCUGAAGAAGUACUACCGGGCUGGACAUCAUGCAUCAUAAAAGACAGCCAUUUCUGUGACUUUAUUACUGUGUCCUGGAUGAAGCAUUUGGUUGGAAAGGUUAUUAGGGUGUUGGUGGACUAUAUGGAUUAUGUUCCAAUCUGUACAAAAAUGAAAGCCACACUUGAAACCCAGAAGGAGUGGGCAGAGAUCCAAGAGAUUAUAGGAAAUCCACGUCCAUUAAAGCACUUAUGCCGCCUUAAGAUUCGUAAAUGCGUUGGGUUGGAGACAUUGCAGAGUCCAUCAGCAAUGAAGAGAUUUCCUUUGCCACCACUUCUUAAGUCUUAUUUGUUAUAUAAAGAGUAUGAUUUAUAUGGGAAGGAACUGCAGUUUGACACGUGA